AUGUCGCACAAUAUCCUUAUUACUGGGGCUUCAGGAUACCUGGGAGGGACCCUCCUCGCGCGCUGGAGCGGCGCCAAGCUUCCAGCAUAUCAAAAUCUCUACACCCUUGUUCGAACAAAGGAGCAAGCCGAGUCCGUGAAACAGUACGGUGCCGAGGCUCUGACAUUCGACGUUAAAGAUGAAACCAGCACGAUGGCUGCAAUCAUCGACCACAAAAUUACUAUCGUCUAUUUCCUAGUUGAUGCUCUGGCGGGAGAUUCACAGGUCUACAUGAUCAAGGCUCUCGCUGAAGUCAAGAAACAGACUGGGCAGGAGGUCCAUUUUUUGCAUACAUCGGGUGCAAAGCUGUUCAGCAGUCACACUGGGCAUCCAACAGAUCGCCCUCUUCACGACAAUGAUCUUGAGCUCUAUGAGAUCCAGAAGAGCUCCAAACCUGUUUAUCCAAUUGCAGGGAAGGGACUUGCCGCAAACAACACUGUCAUCGAGCUAGCCGAGGCACAUGGAGUUCGGAGCUACAUUUUCAUCCCGUGCAUUGUAUAUGGACAAGGUGAGGGGUUCGGAAAUCCAAUUUCUAUUCAAACCGUAGCAAUCGUGAGAGCGGCCAAAAAGACGGGGCGCGUGUACAGUCCCCACGUCAACAACCCGAAAUGGCCCGUCUGUCAUGUCAUUGACAACAGCACUCUGUAUCUGGAGAUACUGCGAAAUAUUCUGUCUGGAGAAGAUAUCGGCCAUGGCCGUAGUGGAUAUUACCUCGCUGCUAGCGGCAGGAUGGCAUGGAAUGAUAUCUACGAUGCCAUGGCGAAAGGACUGGCCAAGCGUCAAAUCAUUGACACUGAGUCGGUGGAAGUGGCAGAUGAUGCAGCCUUGCAGCAGAUGGGCGAGGCAUUGGGAUGCCCUAAGGAAAUGGUACCCCUGUUCUUAGGUGGAGAAUGUACGCUCGAGGCACGGCAGGGUCAGAAGAUCGGCUGGAAACCUCAAUAUUCACCGGAACAUAUACUUGAGGUGGCGGACGCAGAAGUCGACCUGAUUAUUAGACACAUGUAG